AUGGGCCGGUCGAUGUCUGACUCCGACGAUGAAGCUGCACGAGAACCUCCGCAGAAAGUCGAUGAGAUUUUAGAGAAUAAAUUCGUCUAUCAUUGUGAGUUGAUAUUCUUUGCUGAUGGCGCUGAUAUUGUACAGGCAGGUGGUCCAUGGAGCAAGUUGGUAGCAAGUUUGUCGGGAACAGCAGGAUCGUCACCUUUCCAGCUGUGGCGACGCUCAGAAACCAGCUGGCCUCUUCUCGUUUGUCAUGCAGCUCAAGCCGGUGGAAUUUGUAUAUCAAUAUUUGCCUUGUUGAUCUGUACAAUGCUUAUUUCGCAUCCAAGUCAAAUUACCUUACGAUAUGUGACGAUAGCAGUUUUUUCUCUUAUUCUCAUUGUAAAGUACAAAUAUGGCCAGAAAGUUAUAUACAGCGAUUUUCAGCUGUGGGCGUUUGACGCCUGCCACACCGAUCAUCUGAGGCGUCUUCUCGUCGAAGCACUAGAAACGCUCGACCACUGCAGAAAAGACGAGAAAAAGGGCUGA